AUGCAAAUAGUAUUUUUACAAGAUGAUAAUGAUGAUUUACGAAAAGCUAUGGAGACAACUAUUAAUAUAAAUGCUAUUUGUGCAAUGAGUUGUUUUGAAAAUCAAGAUUUUGAAGGUUUAAAAGUAGCUAUGAGAAAAAUGCCAAAUUCACAAGCAUCUUAUGGUUGGGAUAUGGAAGCAUUUGACAUGUUAGUAACUGUUGAAACAUUAAAAGGAGUGUCAAAACGAAGAAAUUUAUUACAUAUUGCUAAAUGGUCACGUAGUGCAAUUGAAAGUAAUUAUGAAACAACGACAACAAAUGUUAUAUCAUUAGGAAAAUUAUUUCAGUUACGAAAACAAUAUCUUAUUACUGAUUGGGUACUGAUAUUGCCGGAGAAAGUUUUGUACGAAAAAAUAUUCCUCUUGAUGAAACUAUUAAUUGGAGAAUUAUUAGAUUUUUCAACAUUAACUUGUCCAACUUUGGCUAAAUCAUGGUUUAGAUUUGCUGAUUGGUCUUAUAUUUGGGGGAGACAAUUACUUGCACGAUCUAUAUCGUAUGAAGUUAAUUUGUCCAUACUAUUCAAUAAUUUUCGUGUUUUCAUUAGAUUAUCUUCAUUGGAUAUGGGACAACAAGUUCAUGCAAUUCUUCCAGCGGAAAUUUCAUCCGACGAAAUAACUGAAAUAUCUCGUAUAAUAUCUUCAAUGCAAAUUUUAACUGAUGAUGAUUCUGAACUUACUGCUGCGGAAUUAUCAUCACUGCAUUCACAUCGUACUGAUUUAUCACGUGCUUGUUCAUUACUUACAAAGCAUCCAACCUUAAUUGAACAAUUACUUGCUUUGCAUCCACAAUUUGAUUUACAUCGUUAUUUUGUGUUAGAACAAUUUUGUCGUGCUUAUUUUACAUAUUUACAAUUAACAAAAGAUUAUCUCCAAUUAAUACUUUAUUCAGUUAUUGUUGGCAUAACUGAUGAUUCAAAAAUGAGACGUAUUAAAUCACGAGAUGAAAAUAUUUAUCAAAGAAAAUCUUUGAGUACACAUGGAUUAGAUGAGGAUAAAUCACAAAAUGAUAUUGAAGAAGAUGAUGAUAUUGAACAACAAGAAAAUGUUGUAGCUAUGCAAAAUAUUAAAUUAUUUGUACAUGAAUUACGACGUGUUACUGUCCUAUGGGAUGAACUUUGGUUAGGAACUAUGGCACAACUUCAAGAAGAAAAUAGUCGAUUAGUUCGAAAAACAAUUAUACAGCAGAGAAAACCUAGGGCACGUGUCGAUGUACUUAAAGAUGAACUUCAACGUUUAGAAUCUAUGACACAUUUAACCAAGGACAAAAAAGAAUAUUUGAUUAAAGAAAAACAAGAUAUUUUAUGUAAAUCAUUUAUAACCGUUCUUGAAGCAAUUAGUCAAAUAACUCGAUUACCUGCUGAAACACCACGUAAAAAACAUUUCAGAAAGAUUAUAGUAAAAAAAAUAGAGGCAGCUAUUGAACAAUUAAAACAGCCUAUUAUAUUAUCUGAUCCACAUUCAUGUUGGUUAAAACUUCGACAGCUCUAUUCAAUGUUACAUCGUAUGGAUAAACGAUCAAGUACAAUUCAUGCUAUGAGUCAAAUAAGUCCAAAAUUAGCACAAAUAAAACAUAGUGUGACAUCAAUUCCAGGUGAAGAUGGACAGUCUCAUACAAUUCACAGUGUUGGUCAAACUGUUCAAGUAUUACCAACAAAAACGCGGCCGAAAAAAUUAAUGUUUGUUGGGUCAAAUGGUCAUCGAUAUCAAUAUUUAUUAAAAGGUCUUGAGGAUCUUCAUCUAGAUGUGCGUAUUAUGCAAUUAUUAUCAAUAAUAAAUGUUAUAUUUACUAAAAUAAAUCAUAAUGAACCAUGGUCAUAUGAAGCUAGAAACUAUACUGUUGUACCGUUGGCAUCAAGAAGCGGUUUAAUAGAAUGGGUUGAAGGUGGCAAACCACCAGUAGAAGAUUGUCGUGAAGUACCAAUGCCGAUAUUACAUCAAUGUAUUGAAGAAUUAAUACGUGAAACACCAGCAGAUCUUUUAUCACGUGAACUCUGGUGUAGUUGUCCAAGUGUUGGUUUAUGGUAUAAAAAUGUUCAAAAUUAUAGAAAUGUUAUCUUUUUUAUUAAACGAAUUUAUGCAACUACAUGGCUUGAACAUUUUUUUCAAUCAUGUCAACGUAAAAGUAAUAAUGGAUCUUCAAAAGAAGAACAUUCAUCUAAAGAUCACCAUCGUUUAUUUACUUAUGAACAAUUACCAAAUUUUGGAAAUGAUGCAUUGCUUUGGUUUUGGGCUAUAUGGGAAUGUGCACAAUUUUGUCUUAUGAAUAAAUUGAAAAUACCACUUGGAAAACCACAAGAAACAUUUUUAGCACUCGAAGAAGCAUCUGCAUCAGAGCAAACGAAUCGUUCUUCAACACCAUCAACAACUGUAAAUCCUCUAUUAACAUCAUCAUCAGCAGCAGGAGAAAUAAAUGUUUCAACAGAUAAAGGUGAUUGGUGGUGUGAUUUACAUCGUUAUGAUCUUUUAUUACAAUUGAUUGAAGCACUUGAAAAAUGUAUGUACAAUGCAUACGAAGGAGUGACUCUUUCACUUCCACAAUUACCUAAAACUGUUAAAUUCUUUUUUAUUACAAAUAAAUCUACAUAUUGUGAAUGGCUUAAUCGUAUUCGUAUACCAAUUAUGUUAACAGCAAAUUAUAAUCGAAUAAUUAAACGAUUGAAAUACAAAAUUCGUUCAACAAGUACAGUUAUUCAAAAAACAGAUAAAUCAAAAGUUUUUCAUUUAGGUAAAUUACAAGAUUACCAUAAGAAAUCCGAAGAAUAUAUGAAAAAAACUGAAGCAUAUAAAUGUUUAGAUCAAAAUGAUCCUUUACCAAGUUUAAUAGAACGGAUUAAAUCAAAUGAAGUAGAAUUAGCACACCUUUAUUAUUUACCAAAAGCACAUAAACCUGAUACUCCACUUCGACCAAUUAUUGCUGGAUUAAAACAUCCAACUAUAAAAAUAUCAAAGUUUCUUGACGAAAUACUUAGACCGUUGUUUGAUCAAAUGGCAGCAAAUACAACAGUUACUUGUGGAACUGAAGUUAUUAAACAAUUGCACGUUUGGUCAAAACAAAAUCUACGUGAAGAAACUGUAUUAUGUUCAAUGGAUGUAAUAGAUCUAUAUACAAUGAUUCCACAAACAGAAGGAAUACUUGCAAUUAGAAAAAUGUUAAAUUACUUAAACAUAAAACAAAUUAAAGGUAUAACAAUUGAAACUAUUAUUCGUUUAUGUCGUUUUGUAGUACACAAUAACUAUUUUUCUUAUAAUGGAAAAUUUUAUUAUCAAGUACGAGGUGGUGCGAUGGGCUCACCAUUGACAUUAACAAUUGCUAAUUGUUACAUGUUCUUUUUCGAACGUAGCAUUGUUAAACAACAAAUUAACCGUUGGAAUCAAUUCGACAUAAAUAUUAAAUUGAAAGAACAAAUUGGCCAGUCAACGAAUUUUCUUGAUUUAUAUAUAGAAAAUAAAAAUGGUACACUUUUUACAAAAGUUUACCACAAACCAUCAUAUGAACCAUAUUAUUUACCAUUUACAAGUGUUCAUCCAAAACAUAUGAAAAUAAAUAUACCCUAUACAAUGUUAAUUCGUGCAAUUAAAUAUUGUUCUACAUUUGAAACAUAUGUAGAUGAACGUGAAAAAUUAAGAAUGGCUUUUCUAUUGAAUAAAUAUCCAAAUGAAUUUAUCGACAAACAAUUCGAUCGCGUAUUCCAAAAACAUAAUUUAAUACAACCUGUAUCCAUAAACGAUUACAAAAUUAUACGAGAAAAAUUAAUUUAUUCACAAAAAAAUGAAAGCAUUCAAAUUGAUUAUAGAAGAACACUAUUUGUUCAUUUUACAUAUUGUUUAAACAUGAAAACAUUCCCGGCAAAAUUUCAUGCACUUUGGAACAAAUAUUUUAUAGAAUCUCCAAUAAAUGAAAUAAAACCGGUGCUAGGUACUCGUAAUGUUAGAAACCUACAACAACAAUUGAUAAAAAAUAAAUAA